AGCAUCAUAUGAAUGAAUUUGGUGCUGUGACUGGCCGAACGGGUUGAUUGCUCGCACUGCUGUGACUGGGAAGUGUGAUGUGUGUAAAAAUGAGUGUGUGAACUGUGCGGUGGGCCAGGUUAACUAAACAAAUUACAUUCAAGCAACAACAACAAAAUUGAAGCAGAUAAACUCUUGACUGAUUUCCCUUCUGGCCUGGGACUUGGAAAAAAAAGGGAAAAAGGAUUAACAAUAACAGUCCUCAGUCCUGAAACUGGUGUCAUAAUGGCAGAUGAUAAUGAAUUGAUGAGUGCAUCAGAAAUUAUCGAAGGUCGUCUCUACUUUGCAACAUUAAGGAACAAACCAAGGAGUACAACAAACACACACUAUUUCUGUAUUGAUGAUGAAUUGCAAUAUGAAAACUUCUAUGCCGAUUUUGGACCAUUGAACCUAGCUCUCCUGUACAGAUACUGUUGUAAGCUCAACAAGAAAUUAAAGUCCACAUCGCUCGGCCGCAAGAAGAUUGUUCACUAUACUUCAUUUGACAGUAAAAAGAGAACCAAUGCAGCCUGUCUAAUAGGAUGCUAUUCAGUAAUUUACUUGAGGAGAACCCCUGAGGAAGCUUACAGACCGCUGGUUGCUGGAACCAACCCUCCAUAUUUACCAUUCAGGGAUGCUUCAUUUGGUGCGUGCACAUAUAACCUGACGUUAUUAGACUGCUUGAAGGGCAUCGACAAGGCAGUCACGCAUGGAUUCCUCGACUUUGAGAACUUUGACGUGGAGGAGUACGAGCAUUAUGAGAGAGUAGAGAAUGGUGAUUUCAAUUGGAUUGUUCCAAACAAGUUCCUAGCUUUCAGUGGGCCUCAUCCAAAGAGCAAAAUAGAAAAUGGUUAUCCAUACCACGCACCUGAGGCAUACUUCCCUUACUUCCGUAAGCACAACAUUACAUCAAUAGUCCGAUUGAACAAAAAGAUCUACGAUGCCCGGCGGUUCACCGAUGCCGGUUUUGAUCAUUACGAUCUCUUCUUUAUCGACGGUAGCACACCCAGUGACUCAAUCCUUCAGAAGUUCCUUACAAUAUCUGAGAGUGCGGAAGGGUCCCUUGCUGUCCACUGCAAAGCUGGUCUUGGCAGGACAGGUACAUUGAUAGGAUGUUACAUCAUGAAGCAUUUCAGGUUCACUGCUGCUGAAGCCAUCGCAUGGAUGAGGAUAUGUCGGCCUGGCUCAGUCAUUGGGCCUCAACAACACUACAUGGAAGAGAAACAAGCAUCAAUGUGGGUUCAAGGAGACAUCUUUAGGAAGAAAGCUAGGGAAGGGCAGAUUGCAAAUAAGAACAGUGUUUCCAGGAUACUUAGUGCAGUAGACGAUAUAUCCAUUAAUGAUGAUAGAGGAAUAUCAUAUGGGCCCAGUGAGCAAUACAAGCUGCGGUCCUCGCUGAGUAGCUCGCAAGCCAUGACCCAGGGUGACAAGCUUCGGCAGCUAAAGGUCUCAAGGAAAGCAAGGUCCGCCACCACAGGAAGUCUCAAGUUGGAUGAAGGCAAAAUCCAUACAAGAUCAACAUCCUCACAGCCACUAAGUCCUCAGUUUCUGCGAACAUUUUUGAGGAGCAAAGCAAGUAGUAAAAAAAUAUCAUCAGCCACCUCGUCAUCAACAUCCCCCGUCAAAUCUUCCAAAGUUGUCUCUCCUACGCACACCUCCAGUACAAGACGGACAACCAGGCACUCUGUGGCCGCCAACUCGGGCCUCAAAAGCUCUUCAAGGAUAAACAAAGAGUAUAGCACAGGACACAACGCAGGAGACUACACCACUAGCACCACCUCCUCUUCACUGAAAUAUACCCGCUCUACACCAACAUUAAUACCUAGCGGAAAGUUGCAGUAUCUGGAUAGCCGCUUAGCUUAUCAACCCAGGAGAUACAUAUACAUGUAGGAAGCGACAGUGGAGUUGCAUUUCUUUCUUGCAAAUUGUGAAAAAAAAAUUUAAAAAGGGCUGUUUCCAUUCCAGUCAUGUGUCAUUGAUCAUUUUGUUUUUGACAUUUUUUUUUCAGUUAAUCGGCUGGUUUCGAUGAGAAUUUAGCAAUCUUAUUUACAAUUUAGUGAGAUUGAUCAAGCUCUAUAACACUCACUGGAUCUCUGUAGCAAGUAAAAAUGAAAUAAUUACUAGUAGAUAUCCUUGAUUCAGAGAAUUCAUUCACAGGGAUCUACAGAUAACUCAUAUCUGUCAAACAAAAAUGUCUUCAUUUAAAAGAAGAUAACAAAAGAAAAUGAAAGCAAUCUCAUAGGAGUUAUCAGCCAUUUAUCUCUUUUUUGUCAAAAACGUGCAGUAAUGAAAAUUAUAUUGUGAAAAAUAUGUGCAAUUAGUGCUUCCAUGUAAGUGUGAACUGCACCAGAAAAAAAAGUGCUGGCAGUGAAAAUAGCCCUCAGCCAGGUCAAAGGUCAAUGCACACGAGCUGCAAAAUUGAUAUUAUUUGCCAGAAUGUGACAUCUUUAAGAAUUGAUAUUUUCUUUCAAUUUCAUGCUCCAUUUACUUGUAUGUACUUGUAUUGUCU